UGCAAUAAACAUAAUUGCAUCUUAAAACCCAAUCUUCCACUUUUUUUAGAACUUUUACCUAGUGGUUCAGAUUGGAAGUUAUACAAAUAUCUUACGACAAAGAAAAACUACAGUCCAUUUGUCCGACCUGUGACGAGGCACGAAUCAGCUGUUCUGUUGUUCAUGAAUUUGAGUCUCAUACAAAUCUUGGAUGUGGAUGAAAAGCGGCAGAUAAUUAAAAUGAAUGCAUGGGUCAACCUGGAUUGGAAAGAUCACAAUUUCAUGUGGGAUCCAAAAGACCAUGGAAAUGUUACUUCAUUGAUUCUCCCAUCUCAGGAUAUUUGGACACCUGAUCUAGCUCUCUACAAUAAUGCUGGUGGGGACUGGGACCUGGCCAGUUCGUCUUCAACCAAGGUUAUAGUUCAUUAUGAUGGGACAGUAAUAUGGCGCCCGCCCAUCAUCUUCAAGAGUCAAUGUGGGAUCAAUGUUGAGUAUUUUCCUUUUGACAUGCAAAACUGUUCCAUGAAAAUUGGCUGCUGGACACACCACGGUCUCCUGAUUGAUCUUCGCCAUACAAGCCAGAAGGCGAACUCUCAACCCACCUUUGAUAACUGCCGGAGUCAGAUCGAUCACGCCAUCGACUUAUCCAUGUUCACUACCGAUGUGCAGUGGGAUUUAAUAGGUGUUUCGGCACGACGAAAUAUUGAGUUUUACCCCUGUUGCUCGGAGCCUUACCUAGACAUAACAUUCUACAUAAUUCUUCGGCGCAAGCCGCUAUUUUUCGGCGUGAAUUUAAUUUGUCCCUGUAUAUCCAUCUCAAUACUCACCAUCUUGGUGUUUUAUCUUCCAGCAGACAGCAGAGAAAAGAUUUCUUUGAGUAUUUCGACCCUCAUAGCGCUUACAGUUUUCUUUCUGCUGGUCUUCGAAAUAUCUCCGCCCACAAGUUUGGUAGUGCCAUUAAUUGUAAAAUUUCUGCUCUUCACAAUGGUCUUAAUUAUUUUCUCCACUAUUGCAACGGUGAUUGUCCUCAAUAUUCACACCCGUACCCCAGAUACUCACAAGAUUUCACCGUGGACCCGACAUAUUUUCAUCGAAGUGCUUCCUAAAGUUCUGCGCAUCAAACGAUACGAACACCCUGGGUCCAAACAAAUAGGGCGACUGAGCAGGUCGCCUCCAAGCCUUUAUGUGCAAAACUCGGAUUGUGUUCUUACCGAUUUCAACCAGCACAUGAUGGAAGGCUUGUCAAUAGACCAAAUUGAAGCAUCUUUGGAUAAAGUUCGGCACACUGUGCUGCACUUUCGUCAGCAGGAGAAGCGGAACAAGAUUCGGUCGGAGUGGAGGUAUGUGGCGUUCGUGAUCGACCGACUGCUUUUGUGGAUGUUCGCAGGUGCAACUAUGGCUGGUAUUGUCAGCAUUUUUAUGCAAGCCCCAACCCUGCACACCAAGGAACGAGCUCUGACUGCACUGACCGCGCCGUCUGUUGAUGCCAUAAAUGUCACUCGCCUCUCUUGCGAAACUAAAUUGGUUUAA